GGAAAAUAGUGUAGCACCCGGAUAUCACCGGCUUUUCAACAUGGAUCCGUCCUGAAGGAGAGUUUUGUGAAGGAGACUAAAUUCUUCUGACUGUAUUUUAAAGGAUUGAUUUGUGAAGAUAAAUACGUUUUGUUAACUAGUUUGCAGGUGGUGUUGUGUGCGAUGAAAAGUGCUUUGUCUGUCAGUAUAGCAGCAUAAUUACACGGGCAUAGCAGAUAAUUGUACAGAUAUUUGUCCAGAUAUUUGUACUUGUUCUGGACCAUGAAGUGUGCCCGCUGCCUGCUCCAGCUGCAGAACCUCAGAGGGAUUGGACCGUCCAUUUCUGUGGCCCGAGUACAGCCCCUCCAGCCCAGCCAGCCACCAACACAGAAGUUGAGGCAUUUCCAUCAAAGUCCAGUCAUCCUGGAAAGUCGACCCACAGCUCCUGUAGAAUUUAUUGAAGACAAAGAAAAGAACAAGAAGCCUAAAGUCCAAGAUGACCUAUUUGAACGCGUGGCCAAAAAAAACAAAACUAAAGCCACAUUUAACAGAGUUGUGGACGUUUUCACCAAGCAAGACGUGAGGAGACGGGGACAUGUGGAGUUUAUCUAUGCUGCACUGAAGAAGAUGCCGGAGUUUGGAGUAGAGAGAGAUAUCACGGUCUAUAACAAGCUACUGGACGUGUUCCCUAAAGAAGUAUUUGUCCCAAGGAAUUUCAUUCAGACAAUGUUUAACCACUAUCCUCGGCAACAGGAGUGUGGAGUGCAGCUUUUGGAGCAAAUGGAAAACUAUGGAGUCAUGCCUAAUGUUGAGACUAAGGUCCUUUUGCUGCAGAUCUUUGGACCAAAAGGCCACCCCAUGAGAAAAUACCAGCGCCUCAUGUACUGGUUCCCCAAAUUCAAGUAUAUGAACCCGUACCCUGUCCCCUUCCAGCUGCCAGAGGACCCCGUAGAUCUGGCCAAGUUCACCCUCAAACGCAUCGCUGAUGACCUAGACGCCACAUUAACUGUCUACCAGAUGCCCUUUACAGACGUGACUGAGAGUGGACAAGAAAUAACUUUGCCACAUAUUGUAGGUAUUCAGAGUCCCAGUCAAAUAGACCUACUGGCCAAGCACAACCCCAAAAGACCUGUUUUUGUUGAAGGUCCUUUUCCCUUAUGGUUGAGAAAGACAUGCGUGUAUUACUACAUACUACGAGCAGAUCCCAUCCCGCCGGAAGAAAAGGUGGAGGAGCCCUAUGAUCCAGAAAGGUGUUUUUACUAUCCACUGCAGCUCAACCUGGAUUUGGAUCGGGACCUUGGGGAUGAGGAGAACUUUGACGUGGAAGACUUGGAUGAGGGGCCCGUCUUCGCCAUGUGCAUGACAAACCAGGGAGACCAAGCUACUCUAAAUCAGUGGAUAUCCGGCCUCCAGGAGACUAACCCUAUUUUGGGUCAGAUCCCAACACUUUUCCGACUGGACUCUGGCUCUCGGGAACUGCAGGUAUCUCCAGAUUCACAACCAGGUCCAGACCAGGGGCAUCAAGAUUCUAACCCAGAAACUGAGGAGCGCACAGCAGAGGAAGUAGAAGAAGAACCACAGAGGAGGCGUAGUAUGAAUCAGUGAAACGGGACUGGUAACCGCAGCAGAUCACUUUAUUAUACUGGAGUAAAUUCUAUUCAUUCAAUGAUAAUAUUGCACUGGUACAAUAUGCAACCAUAAGAAAGCAGUAGUGUCAGAAUAUGAAUAGGCUCAUUUUCAGAAACAGACAAUUGUAAAUGUUAUUGUCUAAACAAUAAAUUAUGUGAUGUCAUUGA